AUGGGUGUAAAACAAAAAUAUCAAAUAUUUCAGAUAAUUGCCAUAGUCUUCGCUUUUGCCGUCGGCUGCAAUGCCCUCUACCCUCUCCCCGAACCCGUGGUACCCUCAGUCGUCUACGGAGUUCCUGAAGAGCCAAAACCCGUCAUCACCCCCAUUACAUCUGAAUACACUUACACCAUCCCUGCCGUCCAACCCGUCGAACUUCACCAUGAAGAAAUCGUAGUUCCUGCAACCCCGGUAGCGACAGAAGAACCCAAACCCGUCGUAUCUCUCGCCCCUACGGCCCCCGUGGUUGAAGUACCAUCACACCCCUUUGUGCCACCCUUUGUGCCUCCAUUCGUGCCACCCUUUGCACACCCAUACUCUGCCUGGCCACCACUACAUCACUUCUACAGCAACCCAUCAGUUUUCCUCAAUUAUGCCCCCAGUUACCCCGCUCCUUUACCCGGAAAUGAAAUUUUCGCACCCCCACAAAUCCACGCCCCUAUUUUUGUCGCCCCCGAAGAACAAAUUGCUCCAGCACCGUUCUCUUAUGCUUAUUCAUACCCCCACGUGACUGCCCCUCAUUUUGCCUACAGUGCUCCAGCUCCGGUGACACCGGAAUUGCAUAGGCCACUUGCUGAUUUUGCCGCCGGUCAAGUUUUGGUGUCUUCGUAUAAUUUCACCGUUCCGGCUCCUGCUUUCCCAACUUUUGUUGAAGCCGCUCCUGUAGUUCAUCCUGGUGUUGUUGAAGCAGCUCCUUUUGUUCCUGCUGUCCCUGAAGUAGUAUCAGUUCCCCAGAAACCUGUUGUAAUCAGCUACGAUUACAACAUUCCUCAAGUGGUUGAUAAAGUGGUUGUGCAAGAAAUUCCAGCGCCUAUUGUGCCACAGCCGGUCUAUGGUCUUCCACAGUAA